CUACGGCGAGCAAAAGCGGACAGAAAGCGCCGCUGAAUAAACUUCAGCAGGAGAAGUUCAGUACAACUCAACUGUGUCUGUACAAAUAGUGCGAAUAUUUAGCCCCAGCUCUUUAUAUAGAAGUGUAAUGAGAUUUAAAGGGAGGUCUGGACAGCUCAGAUUAUGGGGCUGGUUCCUGCUCUGGUCCGGCUGCGUGCUGUCUGUAAGGUCCCAUGGAGGACAACAUGGUGAACCAGCCGGUUCAGAUCAAGUGCAUCCACCAAUCAUCCGGUUAGACAGGAACAUGGUUCAGGAUAAAGACCACAUCAUGGAGCACUUAGAAGGGGUGAUUGAAAAGCCAGAGUCGGACAUGUCACCUCAAGAGCUGCAGCUUCACUACUUCAAGAUGCACGACUAUGAUGGCAACAAUUUGCUGGAUGGACUUGAGCUUGCCACUGCCAUUACUCAUGUGCACAGGGAGGAAGGGGGAGAUAGUAACCAGCCAAUGAGGGAAGAGGAUCUCAUCAACCUCAUUGAUGACGUCCUCCAAGAUGAUGACAAAAACAACGAUGGCUACAUUGACUAUGCAGAGUUUGCAAGGUCUCUGGAGUAAAAGAACACAAGAACAGCCACUGCCUUACAGUGAAUGCAGAUACCUCUGAUGUACAAAUAUACAGCACAUGUGUAUGCAGUCACAGUGUAUUCAUACCCCAGUAUAAACUGUAAUUAAAUGAAAGGCUGAGGGGUCAUGUAGCGACAUGAUGUUUUUAUUUUUAUUUUUUUGCCAUCAAUGUUGCACUUACACCUGUGCAUCUCUUGUAAGAACGGAUCCUUGAUGCAAAAACUGACAGCAAUCAUACAUUGUUUUUGAAUAAAUGCUUUGAGGUGACACUAAAUUGCUAAAUGAAGCUACACAGAGGGACAUAAUUGCUGCUCUACUGAUGAAGGCAUCAGUACACAUGCGCUUUCUGCCUUAAAUGAAAAUCUGUUUUACUUAUAUUAGAAAAUUCUAUUCAAAAUGAUCUGAUGGUUUUUGCUUCGGAGAAUGCACUUUCACAUGUGUUCACAGCAUCUACCUAACUGAUUUUACCAAUCACUGUGCAAUGGGCCUGUAAGGCUUGAUUGAAUCCUUUGGUAACUCUGAUCUUUUGUUGCUGAUGUUACUUUGGUUGACUUUAACACAGAUACCAAAGUACAGCAUUGUGCACAAUUGAAAUAUACUUAUUCAGAUGUUCUGAUAUUCUAACACAAGGAAAAGAUCAGGCUGAUUAACAGGAUAUUCCACCUUAGUAGAGGCCGAAUGUAAACAAAGUGUCAUCUGUUCAUUUACACACUGUAAAAACUACUCAUAAAAAGGCAAAAAGAACAGUGUUUGAUGUGCAGUAUAGUUCAUUUAUUUCUACCAAAGUUGGAAAUGAACACUGAUGGCUUUGAAUAGAAAUGUAAUUAAAAUUGUAGAUAUGCUCCAUUGUACAUUUCAUUUGAAAUGAGAUGUGUUAUGAGAACAUUUGUUUUCACAUGUUUAUACCAGUCCUUAAAGCCCUUAUUUAAACACGUCUACAACAUGUUCAGAAAUGAAUCUAGUAAAUGCUCACUGGUAAAUGCUUAGAUCUGGAAAAUAAAUCUAUAUAAAUGUCAAUAUUUUGUCUAGGUAGAUAUAGCACUAAUUGAGAAAACAUGUUCUGUGGAAGCAGCUAUAAUAAAGACAGAAAAUGUUAGUCUUGCAUUGUUGUUGAAAAACCUUUUAAUCUUCAUUGUGUAGCUUCUUGUACAAAAAGAUAAAAAAAAAUCUUACAUAAAUUUGUUAUGGCUUACUGUACAGUGGGGUCCAAAAGUAUGAGAUCACACUGUUUUUUUGUUUGUUUGUUUGUUUUUUUACUUAAAGGUGCACUCGGUAACUUUUGUUUUUGUGUCAUCUUGGACUUACACUGACACCUAGUGGCUUGGAUGCAGCAUCAUUUAAAAUCAAUAGUUUUCAGUUUCAGAUGCCAUUGUAGAAAUUUAGUAUUCACAGUCUGUCAUGAUUACUUUAAUCAAUGAGUGAAAGUGUCCAAUAACAGGACGGUUACUGAGAUUAAGUGAGUAGUAUUCGGCUGGUAAUGUGAUUCUAACAUGGCAGCCCCCAUGUGCGGAC